UCUUUCUUUGAGAUGCUUGCGUGAAGCCACGGGCUCGGGUGUGGCUGGGAGGCGACAAAAAACAGGUCUGACCGCUGGAGCCGCGGGCCCCUCAGGCUGGACCGGGUCAGAGGGGCCACUAGAGGCCUCGAGAAGCUGGGAUGGCAGUGUCGCUGCGCUUUCUGUGUCACCCCCGCCCGGGCCCCUGGGCUCGCCUCCUGCAAAGCCUCCCAGAGCAUCGGGUGCAGCGGCUCGUAGAGCGUUUACCUAGCAUGCAUGAGACCGUGGGUUCCACCCAGCAAUGCCAAAAAAAAAAAAAAAAGAAGAAGAAAAAAAAAAUCCCUCCUGAGAACCUUUCUGAAUUUUUUUUCAGAGAGGACACAAAUUUUCCCGAGUCUAAUCACGUUGAAUCUGGCGUGCGUCCCCCAACCUCAAGGAGCUGACAAUUCCAGCCCAUUCUGGUUGGAUCUCCUUCUGUUGCCAAGGCUGAUUUUGAACUUCUGUGUUCAAGUGAUCCUUCUGCCUCAGCCUCCUGAGUAGCUGGGACUACGGUCUUCUUUCUAGGGACCCGGUCUGUUUUCAUGAAGAAAAGACAGACACAUCAAGGAUGCUGACUGACCGUGCCAGAAAUUGUUACCAGGACUUGGUGACCUUUGAGGAUGUGGCUGUGGACUUCACCCAGGAGGAGUGGGUUUUGCUGGAUCAAAGUCACAGAGACCUUUACAGGGAGGUGAUGCUGGAGAACUAUGAGAACCUGGUCUCCAUGGGACUUCAGCUCCCCACACCCAGGCUGAUCUCUUGGUUGAAGAAAGAAGAGGAUUUAAGAGCAAUGCAGACAGGAGCUGUCCAAGAAUGUGCAGUGAGACUUAGCACUGGUGAGUGUUUACAUCAACCGGAAUUUCUGAGGGAACAGAGCUCCAGCGGGCUAUACAUGGGAAAAAGGAAAAGUGUUGGUGAACUCCAACAGUUAUAUUUUAAGACACACACAAGAACUCAGAAGACAGGGAACAGUUGCAAGUGUGAUCAGUAUGGAAAAGACUUCCUUACCCUACACAUGAAAAUCUCUGUUGGAGAGCAACUUUUGGAGUUGAAUGAGCAUGAAAAAGCCUUCAGCCCAACUCCAAAUGCUAUGUAUGAAAGAACAUGCGUGCCAGAAAAACCUUUUGAUCGCAGUGACCAUGGGAAAGCCGACGUGAAUCAGUCCUGCACUCAGGCCCUUAUAGGGACUCCCAGUAGAGGAAAGCUCUAUGAAUGGAGGGGACAGUUUUUUUCUCUCCACAAACCUUGUAAGCACACACGGACCCACACCGGAGAGAAGCCCUAUAAAUGUACAGAAUGUGGGAAAGUGUUCGCUCAGCACUGGGGUCUUUCUCAGCACAUACAAAUUCACAGUGGAGAGAAACCCUUUGAGUGUAAGGAAUGUGGGAAAGCCUUCGCCCUGUCUUCACACUUAACUAAACACACAAGAAUUCACAUCGAAGGGAAGCCCUACAAAUGUAAGGAAUGUAGGAAAUCCUUUGGAAAUUCCUCCUACCUUAAGAAGCACAUGCGAAUUCACACUGGGAUCAAGCCCUAUAAAUGUCACAAAUGUGGAAAAGCCUUCACACAGUCCUCAGGCCUUACCAAACAUAUGCGGUCCCACAGUGGGGAGAAGCCGUAUGCCUGUCAGGACUGUGAGAAAGCCUUUUCUACAUCCACCUGCCUUGUUGCCUGCAGAAGGAUUCACACUGGAGAGAAGCCUUUUGUCUGUAAAGAAUGUGGGAGAGCCUUCGCUAGGUACUUUUGUCUUAUUGGGCAUAUCAGAACUCAUGCCAGAGAGAAGCUCUAUACAUGUAAAGAAUGUGGCAAAGCCUACGCUACGUCUUCUGACUUCAACAGACACUCAAGAAUUCAUACUGCAGUGAAUCCCUAUAAAUGUAAGGAUUGUGGCAAAAGCUUUACUCAUUACUCAAGCCUCUCGGCGCAUCACAGGACACACACUGGGGAGAAGCCUUACGAAUGUGAGACAUGUGGGAAGGCAUUCACAUAUUCUUCAAGUCGCAGUAAUCACAUACGAACUUACAAAGCCUCAGAGCCGUUUAAGAAGUCUGGGACCGCCUGUUGCCUGUAUCCCUUAAUAGUCACGUGUUAUUCGAUUCCGGUGAAAAACAUGGAAGUACACAAUGUGACAAAGUCUUUCUUUACUCCCAUUCCUUCAAAGUACAUGAAAGCAGUGGAGACAAGUAAUGAGUGGGAUAAAGCUGACUCCUGGUUUUCAGAAGCUCAUUUGCAAAAUGUUUUGUAG